GAAUGCACUGUUAUCUUGUCGAAAGGGAAAGCAGGGCGAGCAGCAAGGAGCGGAGUCUGUGGGUGCCUCUGACCCUGGGCCAGCCCUGGGCCCCAACCCUCCUUCCCUGCCUGGAGGGGCACCUGGAAGAAAGCAGCUACCCCUAUGACUGUCUGGUCAGCUGGAAGAGAGAGCCGGAGAGAGAGCACGUGAUAGUCCUUUCCAUCACCACAUUCUGGGAAAGCUGAGCUGCUGUGUGUAAGCAUGUGUUAAUCCACUCGCCUGUAGGCUCUCUGUCUAAGGGAGGAAAAAGGGACCCACUGGCCAUAUCUGCCCACGGUGGCCAGAUGGCCUAACCAGCAAAGGAGAACAAGGCACCACAAAGAUACCAAAUUGCUGUUAAAGAAGUAAGGCCAAAGAACACAUCUCCAUUAACUGUGGUAUACUGUACCUGCAUUUCCAGAGAGGCUUAAAGAGGUGUGCAUGCACUGAGACCAUGUGAACCAGCUCUCAUCUUGCAGUCCUCCACCCCAGACAGCCAGGUGGCAUGGGGAUCCUUAGCUCCAAAACCUCCUUCUUGGCUUUCCACUUGGGCCUCUUUGCUGGCUUCCUCAGCACCUUCUACCUUGUGGGUAACCUAAUGUGGGAAGGGCCUCCACGCCCUGGCACCCAGUCACCUCAUGCUUCCAAGGAUCCAGAGUGGAUUGUGGAUAGAUCAGCUCUCUUCAGUGUCUCACACCCACACCUGGAAGGAGAGGAGAGCAGCGUGGCGGACAUGUUGUAUGACAAGGUGCGGAUUCUGUGUUGGGUGAUGACAGGCCCCAAAAACUUGGAGACAAAGGCCCGCCAUGUCAAGGCCACCUGGUCCCGUCACUGCAAUGUGGUCCUUUUCAUGAGCUCAGUGAAAGACAACAACUUCCCCACUGUAGGGCUGGAAACCAAGGAAGGCCGAGACCAGCUCUAUUGGAAGACCAUCCGGGCUUUCCAUUAUGUGCACAAGCACCACCUGGAGCAGGCUGACUGGUUCCUGAAGGCUGACGAUGACACCUUUGUGGUGGUGGACAAUCUCCGGUGGCUCCUCUCCAACUACACCCCUGACAGACCCAUUUAUUUUGGCAAGCGCUUCCGGCCCUUUGCCAAACAAGGCUACAUGAGUGGGGGUGCUGGCUAUGUUCUCAGCAAAGAGGCCCUGCAUCGCUUUGUGGCGGGCUUUGAGUCUAAGGUGUGCAGCCACACUACCUCUGUGGAGGACCUUGCUCUGGGUCAGUGCAUGGAGAAAAUGGGUGUGGAGGCUGGGGACUCACGGGACUCUGAGGGAAGGGAGACAUUCCACCCUUUUGUGCCAGAAUCACAUCUGACAGAAAAGUUCUCCAAAAGCUUUUGGUACUGGAACUAUUGCUAUUAUCCUAUUGUGGAGGGUCCUCAGUGUUGCUCUGACCUGGCCAUCUCCUUCCACUAUGUGAACUCAGAGCUGAUGUACAUCCUGGAAUACCUGACCUACCACCUGCGUGCCUACGGUUACCGCUUCCGCUACCGUCCACCUCUGCCUGACAAUGCAGGUUAUCUCCAGCCCCAUCCAAGGGAAGAGCCCCUAGAGAGGACCAACAGCACCACCUUGCAGACAGAGAAGAAGUUGUAGUGAUGGUCACAUGGCAUAUGACUUAAAAUUCAGCUCAGGCACCACUUGAUAAGACUUGCUGCCUGUGCCAUACCAGUGCCUCAACACCAAUGCUCCUUAAAAGGGAGCCCACACACGAAGAUGGAAGGGAACAAGUUGCUGAACAGGGCAUGAGAUUAGAUUAUUUUUGAGUCCUUAAGAGAGUGUGUACAUGUGCAUGUAUGCUGACCAGAUAGAGGCUGGCUUAUACUAAGGAAGGCAAUUUUCUUGGUAUUCUGAGAAGCUCUGUUCAGGAUUGUCAAGGUGCUAUUUUUUUCCUUUCCCUGAUCCCAAAUCCUGUUUUUCGCCUUUAUUCCUGCUGCAAACUAGAGAGCCUUCUAGUGCAUGAUGUGGGGUUCCAACAUUAUAUGAAUCCUCCAGUGGGCAGGGAAGCCUGCUGCCACAGUGCUGGGUAUGUGGGGGAGAGAAAGGGAAUCAGUCAGACCUCUAUCAGUGGUAGAUUCCUACUGGAAAGUGAACUUGACUUGUCCACACCACCACAUGAACAGGGCACAAACUGUAUGGCUGUAGACUGAGCAAACAGAAAUGCCACAGAUGCCUGCAUUUUGUCACUUAAGGAAGAGCAGGCAAAAUCCUGGCUAGACGUAGUGGUUGAGUAUUAUUGCAAUGAGAGAGGGUCAUAACUCCUUCCACUCCAAGGAAGAAAGAAGGCACACUGAGCAAUGGCAAAUAUUCAAGCUGUGUUGGUCUUCCAAUACCCAGACAUUAUUCAUAUCUGUUGUUUUUGUGUGCUUUCAAGUAGUUUUUGACUUGAGUGACCCUAAGGUGACCCUAAAGUGACCCUAUCAGUGCAUUUCAUGGUCAAGCUGGGAAUUAUACCCUGAUUUCCAGAGGUGUAGUCCAACACUCAAACCACUGUGCCAUUCUAACUACAGGAUAGACUGCCUUGUUGUUGCCACUCCUUCACUGCAAUCAUUGCUAUAGCUCAGUGGCUGCCUCUUGUUAGGCCGUCUCCCUUUCACAUAAUUGGGGCUCGAUGGAUUCCACUUAGAGAAGAUGGAUUUCUAAAGCAAGUUGAGUGAGUGGGAGAAAAGGUGUUUUGUUGUACUGUCUGCAAGGAUGCUUUGCAGUCAACAGAGUGCCCUCUGUUUAUUAUAGGAAGGCAUUUCCAGUCAUUUCUCACUACUGGCUGUGCUGGCUAAGACUGGUGAAAAUUGCAGUCUAAUAACAUCUGGAGGGCAAUAAGUUACUCAUACUUUCUUUUGACUGCUGAUUUUCAGUUGUUUUGUUGGAAUCCAGGCAUGAUUGUGGGAGAAUGUCACCCAGCUCAAUUCAGAAUUAACAUAAACAAACCAAGCCACAUUAUGGUUUUGAAAUCUAGCAUUGACUUGAAGCCAAUAAUGUAACUGGGGACACAGAAAUGUCUAAAUCCCCUCCAGUGACAAAUGUCAUACAUCUUCCUGGAGCUGCCUCUGUCCCUAGUGUCAAGGACACUGGGAGAAUGUAGUGUUUGUCAAGGCAUUUGAGCUCUUUGUAUGGAUGAUGGUUGCCUUGGAAACUUCCAGGCUUACAAUAAUGCUAAGUCCUGUGUGUUGGUAGCCCUGAGAUGUAGAGUCAUAGAGCUGGAAAAGACUGGCCUACCCCCUGCCAUUCAGGAACACAAAAUCAAAGCACCCUCGACAGAUGUUCCUUCCAGCUUCUGUUUAAAAACCUCAAAAAAUGAGACUCCACCACUCUCCAAGGCAUUCCAGUUUUCAUCAGUGAAUGUUAGGUGUGUGUGCUGUGCAGCAGGUUAGAUUAGAUGUGAAGUCAAGAAAUAAUAUCUAGGGCAAACGAUACUCUUUUCAUAAUGAAAGUCAACAUUAUAGGCAAAAAUAGCACAUACACAAAAGAAAGAAUGAAGUUCAGCACCAUCACAUGGCUCACGGUCACAUUUUGAGUCAAAGUUACAUCCUGUUUUACUGUAGUGACAUCCUGACCCUCUGAAUUGGCAUUUUGUUUACUUAAGAGGAAAAGUGGGUAGAGUUAAGACUUAGCAUUAUAAUGAGACUUAGAGUAGGACUUUGUUAAUAUUGAUGAUCACCACAGGGGUCUUUCUCCAUGGGAAUUCAGGUGCUGCAAUACGGUAGGAAUUUUGUCCUUAGGAAAUGAGCUUUUUUGCCAGAGUUCAUGGGUUUGGGCUUAGUGACAGAUGUGGUGGCUCCUUAUAGUACAUUAAGAAGCUAGCAUGUCUUGUAUCAUAGAAUUCUCUUCCUGAAGUGAUAGGACCCAUUUAUAUGUCUUUUUAGCAGUCCACAGUAUCCGCAGAAUGCUUCUCCAACAUUAUGGUACUGUAAUACUCAGAACCAAACCAGUCUGUGUUAGUAAGAAAGACAUAAUACAGCCUUUUAAGUUGAACAUAGCUGUUUGUCAGGCAGAAUGGAAAGACAGCUAAACUUUCAGCUAUAUAUCAAGCAAGGCGAAGCUUUGUAAAAUGGCAAAAAAAUUGCAUUUGCUUCAAUUAAGAAGUAAAAGUAAACAAUGCAGAUUAUUAUCUAGGGCUUGUUGCCACAAAACAGUGUAGAUUGGCAAAAACAACUCUUAAGUGUGUCCUUUUUGUAUAGUAUAUGGAUGAAGCCCUAGGGCAGCCUUCUCCAAUCUGAUGCCCUUCAGACGUAUGGAGUUACAGUGCCCCAGCUAUUAGAGCUUAUUUGUUUGGAUCUUGGAACUGAAUUUAAGCCUCUGAGGUUAUUGGCAGUAUUGUGAGACUGAAAACUACUACCCAGGCAUCUACUGGCACUUGAGGACAUACAUGGCACAUUUGAGCUGGGAAUUGUGCAGUCUUUGUGUAGUUCAGAUGCUGCUGAACUACAGCUCCCGUCAUUCCUCACCAUUUUGACUAGGACUGCUAGAGUUGCAAUUCAGCAUCAGGAGGGCUGCACAAUUUUAGUUUGUUGGAUUAAAUAGGAAAGAUGGUGUGGUUUAACAGCUUUCUAGGGCUCCCCAUAAAUAGGUGGUUGAUCGGAUUUGCUUUGCAUAAUGGUGGCAUGGAGAUGGAAUUUGGUUCCCCCCCCAGCUUUUAACUUCUGAUUAAAUAAAGUUCUUCUUUCCCCCUCUCAUAUUUUAACAGCUAUGAGUUGGGUCUAGAUAUAGCUGUGUGUAGAGCAGAGCCAUUGAAAUCAGUAGGAUUUAAAAUAAUUGUGACUGACAUGGCCAAUUUAAUCUGAAUCCAAUCCCUGGUUAGAUGCAGUCUUGAGAAAUGUAUCUCUAGGUCCCAUUGAAGUAAAUGGGAAGUACUUGACAGUGUUUGAUACUCUUUCCUCAAUAUAGCAAGAAACUGGAAGGAGCUGCCAGGUGCCAAGCUGUUUUGUUUCUAGCCCAACUGACAGUAUUUCUCCAGUUUCUCUAUGCAAUUUCCUUAACCCCCUGAUAGGUCACCUUUGGAAGAAAGAGAGGUCAGGACCUUGAACAUCUGGCUUUUCUCUGCACUGUGCCCUAAUGCUUUGGAGACUUGGAGGACACAAUGCAUUUAUGGCAGCAUAUGAUACUUCAGUGGAGGGAGAGUUCCACUGGGAAAGGCUUCUGGUUCUGCAUGCAGAACAGUCACUUCCAUUGAAGUGAAUGGGAAAGAGCACCUCUGCUGGUGUUACAUGCAUGAAUCAAGAGCAGAGGGAGUGGGGAUUGGAUGGGUACUUCAUGUUUUCUUAAGCUGAUGGUAAGUAUAAUCAUAAUGUUAAAACUUUUGUUGGUUUUAUUAAUUACCAAAUGGUGGUAGAGUUGAUGAUUGACAAUAUGUGUCCUUUACAUCUCUGUGAAACAGUCAAAAACAAAACUCAACAGAAUGGUUGUCACAACACAUCAAGACACCUCAUAAUAAAAACUGGUCAACCAUCAUGAUUUUUUAAGCCAAAAAAGGUAAAUAAAAUCAUUUAUGGAAAAAUAUUGGGUGGCAUCCUGUUCAGCAGUUAUGAUACCAGCCUGGCAAUGCCCCAGGUGAAGCAUUUCUAAAGCACUGGAGAUUGGGGCACUGGAAAAUGCAUGCUUCCAGUUGCAGGAUGCCUUUAAACAAGCAAGCAGUUUGUGGCUGGACCCCAAGGUCCUCUCUCCAGCUGCUUGUUUUCAAGGCAUCCAGUAACAAGGAGAGCACUGUGAAUAAAAUGUCCCAGUCCUCUAAUCUCCAGAACCUCAGAAGCAUUUGAGGUUUGAGCAUUUCCUUUGGUGUACUCUCAGAGUGCAAAGUUAGGUUUGUGGGGAGGCAUCAUCCACCAUAGUUUUGAUGAUGGAGCCCCAUCACCAUAUUUCCAAUGAUAAUGGAAGAUCUUGGCCAUUGUGUUGUUCAAAAAAAAUUUUUUUGUGUGUGUGUAAAGUGGCUUUUGAAGAAAACAAUUUUCUAUUCAAACGGUAAUGUUUUCUGACCAAAACAAUGUUUUGUGCAAAAACACUUACAAAAAAACUGCAAACAAACUUUUUACCCAAGUCUUGAAAUGAGAACAGAAUAUAUGCAGAAACUCUCACCCAGAGGGGAUUAAAACUUGAAGUUAUUUAUGCUUGUCUGUAAGAACAAAAUAAGCAAAGAUUUAAGUCCCUGCUGUUUCACCGUUUUUCUUUGGAACUGAAUGUUAACAUUAAAUGUUUGUUGUAAAUACUUUUUAAAAAACUGACUUGAUAAAAAAUGUUUAUCAUAAAAAAAGUUUGAGACAUGUUCAGAUUUUCAGUUGAAUUUACAAAUAAACUAAGUCAACAUAA